AUGGGAGAUAAAGGCGUUUAUAUCCCACCCCUCGUUGGGUGGAUGUACGAUUUGGUGCUGUGGACAUUCUCCGUGCUCAUCGACCUCUUCUUUCGCGAAGUCCAUCCCCGAGGAUCAUGGAAGAUCCCCCGCCGCGGUCCCAUCAUUCUGGUGGCAGCUCCCCAUGCGAACCAGUUCGUGGACUCUUUGGUUUUGAUGCGCGUCAUUCGCAGCGAGGCACACCGUCGCAUCUCAUGGCUUAUCGCAGCGAAGUCUUUUGAACGGAAGUUCAUUGGAUUUUUGGCGAGAGGAAUUGGAACGCUGCCCGUGGCGCGCGCUAUGGACAACUUGAAACCCGGAACAGGCACCAUAUAUCUCCCCGAUCCGGUCAACGAGCCUACACUACUGCGAGGUAUCGGAACAAACUUCGAAGGAAAGGGCUUCGAAAAGGAUGGCACCAUCGCUUUACCCACCAUUAACGGAACGUCACACAGUUCCGCGAUUGCGGAGAUCAAAGGCCCGGAGGAAUUGGUGCUGAAGAAGCCUUUCAAGCACCGCGAUGCGCUGAUGCAGCUGACUGGACGGCAAGACAUUGAUCGUGAUGGUAAUUUCACUGGGGAUGCGUCCCAACAGGAUCCGGAUUUCAAGGGCACAAAAUUCAAGGUAGCUCCGCAUGUGGAUCAGACAGCAGUCUACCAGGCAGUCUUUAGCAGACUGGGCAGUGGAGGCUGUGUCGGUAUUUUCCCUGAAGGCGGAAGUCAUGACCGUACUACACUACUUCCCUUGAAAGCUGGUGUUGCAUUGAUGGCCUUGGGUACCCUCGCUGAAAACCCGGACUGUGGCCUGAAGAUCGUUCCAUGUGGCAUGAACUAUUUCCAUGCCCACAAGUUCCGCUCUAGAGCCGUCAUUGAAUUUGGCACUCCUAUCGAGGUUCCUCGAGAGUUGGUGGAGCAGUUCAAGCAAGGUGAACGACGUGAGUCUGUCGGUGCUUUGUUAGAAAUCAUCUACGGAAGUCUCGUCUCGGUCACUGUCACUAGUCCCGACUAUGAAACUCUUAUGGUCAUCCAAGCUGCGCGUCGUCUGUAUAACACCAAAGGCAAAAAGCUUCCACUUCCCAUGGUGGUGGAACUGAACCGCCGUCUUGUGAAAGGCUAUGCUCACUUCAAAGACGAUCCCCGCAUCGUUGACUUGCGCAAUGCCAUUGCAGGAUACAACAAGCAGCUCCGCAUUUUGGGCAUUCGAGAUCACCAGGUAGCCUACGCGAAAUUUUCCAUCCUGCAGGUGAUAGCCACCUUGAUAUACCGCCUGGGCAAACUGGCACUUCUGACCAUUGGGACACUCCCCGGAUUCCUGCUUUUCACUCCCGUUUUCAUUGCAACCAAAUAUCUCUCGGCGAAGAAGUCCAAGGAAGCACUGGCUGCUUCCACAGUGAAGCUUCAAGGCCGCGAUGUCAUGGCCACAUGGAAACUCCUCAUUGCGCUUGCAUUUGCUCCGGCCCUCUAUGCCUUCUACACUGCUGCUUUUACUUACUGGACGUACUGGAACCGGGUCAAUGGAUUGGUCCCAGCCUGGGUACCGCUUUGGUGGGUGGUGGUUAUCGGCAUGGUCCUUUUCCCCACAAUCACCUUUGCGGCUCUUCGAAUUGGUGAGGUGGGCAUGGACAUCAUCAAGUCGCUUCGCCCGCUUGUUCUGUCACUGAACCCAUCGUCGGCCAACACGUUGGUGCGACUUCGAGAAAGACGUGCUGCACUGGCACAGCAAGUGACAGAUGCGAUCAACACCAUGGGACCUGAGCUAUUCCCCGACUUUGAUGCUGCUCGGAUUGUCACAGAUCCAUUCAGCAGAGAACACGCGAGUGAAUCCAAGGGCGGUGAAGUACCGGAGAUCCGCAGAACCAGCGUAUCCUCUGACCAUGGCGAGAAAAUGCCCUCGUCAGAGCCCCUACCCCGCAACGAGUCCUUCCACAACCUGGCCAACAUUGGCUUCUUCUCCACACGGCCUCCUAGUCGUGAGCGCAGCCGCAGUAGCUCUGCCAGUGCCCGACCUGGGUCUCGGCACGGACUAAAGCCGCUCAGCCCUAUGACCAUGAAAGACCCACUUGAAGACGUCAGCUCUCGAAUUCGAGAUGCUAUGCGGGAGCGUGGAGAGCGUCGUCGGCGUCGAAGCGAAGAUGGAAGUUGGGAUAUGGCCAGCACCGGCCCUGGAACCCCAUCCAGCGAAGAGUACCGAAAAGAUCUUUGA